GAGCUUGGUCUCCUCACCUCUCAUGCAGCAUGGACCUCACUGUCUCACCGUGGACACGUCUGAUUGUGAUCAUAACACUCCUGGACUCGGGCGUCAGAGCGCUGCCAACAAGCAAAAUAACAGAAUAUGAUGUGGAUGGUGGAAAAGAGGAUCUAUUCGAAGUCAAUCAAGCGGCUGGUCUUGACCUCUUCGAGGGAGAUAUUUUAUUCGAUGAGAAAGAAGGAAGGAACUCCAUAAUCGGGGACGAGUACCUCUGGCCCACCACUGUGCCGUACUAUUUUGGGGAUGAUUUGGACAUUAAUGCUAAAGGUGUUAUAUUGAAGGCGUUUGAACAGUAUCGCCUGAAGACCUGCAUUGAUUACAAACCCUGGAGUGGAGAGAAGAACUACAUCUCAGUGUUUAAAGGCAGCGGGUGUUUCUCCUCUGUGGGGAACCGACGUGUGGGAAAGCAGCAGUUAUCCAUCGGUGCAGGAUGUGACCGGAUCGCCACCAUCGAACACGAGUUCCUUCAUGCGCUGGGGUUCUGGCACGAGCAGUCACGUGCCGACCGUGACGAUUACGUCACCAUUAUGUGGGAUCGCAUUGAAGCAGGUAGGGAGCACAAUUUCAAUAAAUACGACGACACCACCUCCAGCUCCCUGAACGUACCUUAUGACUACGGUUCCAUGAUGCACUACAGCAAGAACUCCUUCCGUAACGGCACCGAGCCCACCAUCGUCACCAAGAUUCCCUCCUUCAGCGACGUCAUCGGCCAGCGCAUGGAGUUCAGUGACAGCGACUUGCUCAAGCUAAGCAGGCGUUACAAUUGCACCAGAACUACAACUUUCCUAGACACCUGUGACUUCGAGCUGGAGAAUAUUUGUGGGAUGAUCCAAGGUCAGGGCGACCAGGCAGACUGGGAACGUGUGAGCGAGGCGAUUGGUGGACCUGAUAUGGACUACUCUAACAUGGGGCGCUGUACAGGCACUGGUUACUUCAUGCACUUCAGCACCAUCAAUGGCAUGGAAGGGGACAGUGCUUUGUUGGAAAGCAGGCUGCUCUACCCUAACCGCAACUACCAGUGUUUACAGUUCUUCUAUUACCACAGUGGAAAUGUCAAUGAUAAGCUGGAGAUCUGGGUGAGAGAAUACAAUGAAGCCAACCCUGAUGGAAAACUACGCAUGAUCGAGGUAGUAAAUGGUCUCCCCGAGCCUUUAUGGCAGCUACACCAUCUUAGCUUAGCUAUCUCCACAAAGUUCCGCGUGGUAUUUAAAGGCACAAAGGGUGCUGGAACCUCCACAGGUGGGAUCUCUUUGGAUGAUGUCAACCUUUCUGAGACCACCUGCCCAGAACAUGUGUGGCGAAUCAAGAACUUCAAAAGUAUUAUGGAAAACACACCUAUGGACACUAUCAUCUACAGCCCACGCUUUCGUUCAAAGUAUGGCUACACCUUUCAGAUGGGCUUGUACCCUAAUGGCACUUCGACCAGCCCAGGGGAGUUGGGAGCCUUUGCAUAUUUGGUAUCUGGUGAUAAUGCAACAGAUGACAAUCUUACUUGGCCCUGCCCAUGGAUGCAGAUUACUAUGAUGCUAAUGGAUCAACACGCGGACAUUCGCAAACGCAUGUCCAAUCAGAGAAGCAUCACAACUGACCCCAAUCAAAAAUUACAAGAUUCUACAAUGUUUACAUGGGACAACCCACGAAAAGUGGGAAUGGAAGUAGAAGAUGCAGAUGGAACUAAAUACUUCAGAGGACCAGGAUAUGGAACAUCUGUAUACCUGACUCAGGCCAGAGCACUUACAAGAGACUUUAUCAAGGGUGGAGACGCCAUAUUCUUGCUCACCAUGGAAGAUAUAGCACACCUGGUUUCUUCUCAGCCCGUUCCUACAACAGUGGAACCCACGACCCCGUCUAAUCUAUGUACCUCAGUAAAAUGUGAAAAUAAUGGAGUGUGUGUGAUGGACAAUGAUAAAAUAGCAGUCUGCAGGUGUGCCGUAGGUAAUGACUGGUGGUACUACGGGGACAGGUGUCAGUAUAAGAGCUCGAACAAUGACGCCAUGGUGACGGCGGUCGUGUCGUCAGUCGUGGUCUUCGCGGUCAUGCUGGUGGUGACAGUAGUGAGCGUGGUGUGUCUGAGGAAGAAGUACAAGAAGAAAAUGAACAAAACGGGUGGCGUUACCACAACAAACAUGUACGCGAAUUAACAGCAACAAGAAUCAUUUAAUCUGUAACAGGAAUAGCAAUAUACCCUUUUGUAAUGUAAAAAAUAAACAAAAAACAAGUGUGUUUACGUGUCAUUUCUUAUCAUUUCUCAUCUCAGGCCUCAUUUCUCAUAUUCUAAAGCAAAGCAGGCCCUUGUUUAAACUGCACAAAGUAAUUCAU